GGCUAAGUGCUGCACAGAGUUCAACUUUGCCAUGUCUUGAUGCAGCUUUCGGAGUAGUGCACAAAGAAAAAGAAGAUAAGUCGAGACGAUUCUUCCAAGAUUACAUGCCGAAACCUCACAGGGACUUGAUAGAAGCCAUUGCAUCAGGGCCAUCCAUCAAAGACUACAUACAUUCAUCGGACUCACCUGAAGCCCUUGAGACGUACAACGAUUGUCUUCAAGCAAUGAAGUCUUUCAGAGACUCUCAUCUAAAGAUUGUGACCAGGUUUAUCAUCAAUAUGACUCAUCAGAAGACUGGCACUGGCACAAGCGAGGGUGCUACAGGAACAGGCGGAACAGAUUUAAUGAGCUUUCUGAAGGGACUGCGAGACUCCACCCUUAGGGCCAUGCUGCGCACCACCAGAGAAGGAGGAGGAGGAGAUUCUACUGAGCGUGUCGUUCCUAUGGCGACCCCUCCAAGAUGGCUCAAAGGAGAUGUGAAGAGGGCUCUUCAAGUUACGUUGGUGUUUGUCGCCGCUGCAGCCGGUACCUUGCUUGUAAUAAAGAAGUUUUUAAAGUGAUGGAGUCUGUGGAAUAUGACUGUCUCGAAAUAGUUCAAGAUAAGGUGGAGUUGAGGGCUUGUCUUAC